UGCUAUCAGAAAUAAAACAAGAAGAUAAUAGCCAACAGAUUUGAAUAUGCAUUUUAUAUUUCUGUGUGUUGUUAGACGGUUGAGAAAAUGGGAAAACAUAAGAAUAGAACGCAAAACACGAUCAUAAUUGAAUUUAUGGAAAAAAAUCCAGAUAUCUUAAGAGGGUUUACGAAACGCAAUAAACCGACAAUAGAAUCGUUAUGGCAGGAAUUAACUGAAUCGCUUAAUGCUGCAGGUCCUCCACACAAAGAUGUAAACGGGUGGAAAAAGGUUAUAACUGAGUGGAAGAGCGAAAUCAAAAGAAAAUUAGCUCACAACAAAAUUGAGAGUCGAGCAACAGGAGGUGGCCCAUUUUCUAAAUAUCAGCUCACUCCAAACGAAGAAACUAUUGUGCGUCUUUGUGUCAUUUCUCAAACUAUAGAAGGCAUACCAGGUGUUGCUCUUGGCACCCAACCCUUCAAUGAAAAUUUAAAUAUUACAAUUGCAAAUGUAGAUUUGUCUUCCUCAUCGUCAGAGCAACAAAAUAUAAACUCAAGUUAUAAUGCAUCCAAUAGACAACAAGUUGUAAAAAUAAAAUAAAUAUGUAAAAAUGCAAAAAUGUGUAGGGUAAGAAUUUAGAUAUUCCAAAAAUAGCAAGCAAAUCUUCAUGGUAUAAAGAAAGGGGAAUUGUUUUACUCCAAAUGUAACGCGUGCGGGCCACGGACAGUAAUGAAUAAAUCAAAACAGCGGGAUCGAUUUUAAUCAUUUUUUCAGUGAGUGACAUAGGCCUUAUAUUUUAUUUCCGUG